CCGAGGCGGCAGUCUUAACCAUCUCUCUUGCCGGGCGUAUUGCUGCAGUUCGCGCCGGGGGUUGUCUGCAGCCACGUGACACGUAACAGCCAAUCAGCGAGCGGCCGCUCCUCCCACCCCCCCGUGUCUCAUUGCGCAUUGAGGCCGUUACCUCGCCGCUCGGACUCCCACCGUUACCGUUUUCAGCGAGUGAACAACUUCGCCCAUAAGUUUCACAGACACUUCUUGCAACAAUGCGUCCCAUGCGCAUCUUCGUAAAUGAUGACCGCCAUGUGAUGGCUAAGCACUCCAUGGUGUAUCCAACUCAAGAGGAACUUGAAGCUGUUCAGAACAUGGUGUCCCACACAGAGAGGGCGCUCAAAGCUGUAUCUGACUGGAUUGAUCAACAGGAGAAGGUUCAAGUUGGCGCAGAAGCUGUACUACCAGAAGAGGAUGUGGUUAUUGAGGAUUCAACAGAUGAUACCAAGGACAGCACUGAAAUUAAACCCGGUGAGAACCCAACCAGGACACUCCGUGGUGUGAUGAGAGUUGGCCUUGUUGCAAAAGGACUUCUUCUCAAAGGGGACUUGGAUUUGGAGCUUGUCCUGCUGUGUAAGGAUAAACCCACAAUCUCUCUUCUGAAGAAAGUGGCUGAAAACCUGGUUGUCCAGUUUGCGUCUGUUUCUGAAGAGAAGUACGAAGUGAUCCAGAAUGUCAGAGAAGCUAGUAUAGUAAUCCAAAACACUAAGGAACCUACCCUAACCCUCAACAUCCGCCUCACCUCCCCACUUGUUCGAGAGGCAGCUGAGAAGAUGAAUUCUGGAGAAACGAUAUCAGUCAGCGAUCCUCCGGACGUUCUGGACAGGCUCAAAUGCCUUGCUGCAUUGGCGUCACUCCGACACGCCAAGUGGUUCCAGGCUAGGGCAAAUGGACUUAAAUCUUGUGUGGUAGUCAUCCGUGUGCUCCGGGAUCUUUGCACGCGUGUGCCUACUUGGGAGCCGCUUCGUGGAUGGCCUCUAGAGCUUUUAUGUGAAAAGGCCAUUGGAACAGCAAACAGGCCAAUGGGUGCAGGGGAGGCUCUCAGAAGAGUUCUUGAAUGUCUUAGUUCUGGAAUACUUAUGCCAGAUGGCCCUGGACUCUAUGACCCAUGUGAAAAGGAAGCCACUGAUGCUCUUGAGCAUCUUGAAAGACAGCAACGGGAAGACAUUACACAGAGUGCACAGCAUGCACUGAGACUGGCUGCAUUUGGACAGUUGCACAAAGUUUUGGGAAUGGACCCUCUGCCUUCAAAGUUGCCAAAGAAACCGAAAAUUGAAAAUCCAAUUGACUACACUGUCCAAAUUCCUCCCAGUACAACAUAUGCAAUGCCGCCACUAAAGCGCCCAAUUGAGGAGGACGGAGAAGACAAAUCGCCAAGUAAGAAGAAAAAGAAGAUUCAAAAGAAAGAUGAGAAGAGCGAGCCUCCCCAAGCAAUGAAUGCUCUCAUGAGAUUAAACCAGCUAAAACCAGGUCUCCAGUACAAACUUGUAUCCCAGACAGGACCCGUACACGCACCUAUAUUUACAAUGUCUGUAGAAGUGGAUGAUAAAACAUAUGAAGCCUUUGGACCAUCAAAGAAAACUGCUAAGCUUCAUGUUGCUGUCAAGGUAUUACAAGACAUGGGACUUCCAACCGGAAUGGAAGAAAAGGAGGAACCUGCAGAGGAGGUAGAACAGAAGCCAGUAGUUGAAACUCCAGCACAGCAAACCGACUCUACACCAUCAGAGUCAGCAGAUGCUGAGGGUUCAAAGCAGCAAGGUCCUAUUCUAACAAAGCAUGGAAAGAAUCCAGUCAUGGAGUUAAAUGAGAAGAGGCGUGGCUUGAAAUAUGAACUGAUCUCAGAAACUGGUGGCAGCCAUGACAAGAGAUUUGUGAUGGAGGUUGAAGUUGACAACCAAAAGUUCCAGGGUUCUGGUUCAAACAAGAAGGUUGCUAAGGCUUAUGCUGCUCUUGCUGCACUAGAAAAACUUUUCCCAGACUACAAUACAUACACAGAGGCACCCAAAAAGAAGAGGCCCCCCAUGAUGCCCAGGGGUGGUGGGCCAAAGUUUCCAGGAAAGCACAACCAGGGAUUUGGGAUGAUGUACAAUGAAGUUCCACCACCUCAGGCAAUGCGUGGACGUGGUAGGGGUGGAAUGAAUAGAGGUAGAGGGCGUGGACGUGGUUUUGGAGGUUACAUGAAUUCAGGUGGAUACGGUGGUGGCUACGGUGGAAACUACAACUAUCAAAAUUCUGCUACAGCUGGAUACAGCCAGUUCUACAGUAAUGGAGGGGGUUCCGGCAACCAAGGUGGGGGUGCUGGAUCUGGUGGCUACAGUAACUACUAUCAGGGAGAAAGCUACACACCACCCACACCACCCAAACCUUUUGUGAGCAAGAAGCCCCCACCUCAACAGCCUCCCCAACAACAGUCUGCACCUUCUCAACCGCCACCACACGUAGCUGCACAGCCUAAGCAGGCCUACAACCAAGGUUACCAGUCUCACCAAACGCAGCCACAGCAGAGUUACAACCAAGGCCAGUAUGGAAACUAUGGCCAAACUCAGAAGCCUAAAGGUGGCUACAAUCAGACUUCUCAGACUGGUGGUGGAGGAGGUGGCUCUUACACUUAUCCAAACUCCUAUACAGGAGGUGCAGCUUCUACAGGUUAUGGUGAAGGCACUGGUGGCCGUGGCGGCAGCUCAUACACUGCACAGAGCUCUGGUGGUUACAAUGCAGGUACACAUGCCGGCUAUGGUAGCACCAGCAAUACCUCUUCUUACCAAGGCUACACACAGUCAAAUUACAACCAAGGACCUGGACAGAACUACAGUGGUCCACCAAGCAACUUUCAGCCUCCCCAGGGUGCGACUGGAGGUGGCUAUGGCAGAAACACAGAUCAUAAUAUGAGCUACCAAUACAGAUAAACUCUCUAUUCCCAAAUGCCACUACCCUCUUCCUUUUUGUCCAAUCUCCCUUCAGUGAACAUCUAGCUUUUGUUACCAUUCUUCUGGAUUUAUGGCAUCUACGGGAAACUAAGGGGGUUAUCCCUCUUCCCCUUGUUGCAGUGCUAUUGUGAUUACUCGCUCCUUCAUGGCAACCUCUCUGUAAUUCCACUGAUUUUUUUUUUUUUUUAUAAUCGGUUCUACCGUUGUAUCUAACACCCCAGAUCGCACCAGAAGGCCUCUUGUGCGUAUACUGUAAGUUUGAAUUGUGUAUUUUUUUUUUUAUUUCCUUGGUUCUCACAGCCCUGUCUUUAAGUUUGUGGUUAGGUGAGUUAAUUGGGGGCUGCAGCAAGCAAAUCCACUCUAGUCACAAUCCCUUAUUCCUUCUGUCGGGUUUAGGCCUACCUUUGUUCCCUCUCCUUCUUGCAACUUUCCAGUCCUGGUGUUUAAUAUGGCAGUGAAGUGACUUUUUUUGUUUAGUGUAUUAUGAACACUUUCUUGCAGACCAAAACUAAUGUUCAGGUGAUUCCAUAAAAGUCUGAGCAUUCUAAAGUUUGUGACUGGUAUCUGCUACUGGAAGUGUUCUGUGAAAUGACAGUACAGCAUCUGUAACUGAGCUACAAUCUGCAUUGUGGGAUAUUGUGCAUGUUGGCACAUCCUUCAAUUUUUCUGGCUUAUUUUAAUUUGUGUAAAUUUUGUAUUCCUUCCUGUAAUCUAGAUUGUUUCACGCUUUCACUGCCAAAUUAAAUCAUGGUAAAGUUGUCCGAGCUGUUUAGUCUUUGGGAAGCAGUAAGCCUGGUCAGAGUUAAGUUGUUGCUCCACCCAUUUCUUGUUUGUUAAAAUAAUUCUGUGAAGUGACUUAACAAGCUUUAUGUAUUUUAAUGCGUUUAGUGUUUUUUGAAUUUUUUUUCCCUUUUGGAACUUUUUUUCCUGUUUUAUAAGUGAAGAUUUUAUUUUAAAAAUUGGGAUGCGUCAAAAGGGUUCUUUUUGUAUGUCUCGUAUCAUUCAGGCAGUAUCUGGAGUGAGCCGAAACAUAGGCGAAAUAAAAUUGAAACUGAACUUCA